AUGGACAAGCUCAGCUUCUCGUCCGACCAUGUCAACUACCUCCUGCUCCGCUACCUCCAGGAAUCUGGUUUCAAGCACUCCUCCUUCGUCUUUUACAACGAAUCCAACCAAGCAAACAGAGUGGAUCUGGAUCCGUCGGCGGUGCCCCCGGGGGCCCUGAUCCACAUACUUCAGAAGGGUUUUCAGUUCAUCGAGCUUGAGGCCAACCUGACACAAGAUGGCAAUAAUAUGGAUGGAGAGUUCUCUUUCUUGGAGUCAAAAGAUCUAAUAACAAAAUCGAUUGAGGAACUGCGAGAGACUGUGCGGGAACAGCGUGACAGCACAAGGAGGGAAAAAGAUGAAAAGGACGAAAACGUCCCCACAGCCAUGGAAGAAGACAAGCCUGAGAUGGAGGUCUCCCCUGGACAGGUGACCACCUUGAAAGGCCACUCCGCAGAGGUGUAUGUUUGUGCAUGGAGCCCCACAGACUGCUUGUUAGCGUCGGGGUCAGGAGACGGAACCGCUAGGCUGUGGCCCAAUGCCGGCAAGGCCCAGGCAGACAGCGGGCAGGCCUGCGAGACUCCGAUCGUGCUGAUGCAUGCCGACGGCCAGGCACCCAAAGCAGAUGGCAACAAGGACGUGACGACCCUGGACUGGAGCCCUGAUGGCCAGCAACUGGCGACAGGUUCAUACUGUGGCCUGGUGAGAGUGUGGUCCAAGGAAGGUACACUUGUCAAGACGCUUACCAGUCACUCCAACCCAGUGUUCGCCCUGAAGUGGAACAAGAAGGGAAGCCUGGUGUUGACUGGUAGUGUGGACCACACAGCAGUCGUCUGGGACCCCAAAUUCCCAGAGCCAAAGCAGCGCUUUAACUUCCACUCAGGUGCCAUCCUCGACGUAGACUGGCGAAACAAUGUCGCCUUUGCAACUUGCUCUGGGGACAAGCUCAUCCAUGUGUGCAAACUCGGAGAAGACGAGCCCGUGAAGACGUUCCGAGGCCACCAGAAGGAGGUCAACACCGUGUGGUGGGGCGUGAGGAAGCUGCUUGCCUCGGGCUCGGACGACAAGACCGCCAGGAUAUGGUCCCUGAACCAGGACGACGCCGUGCACGUGCUGAAGGGGCACAAGAAGGAGGUGUACCAAGUGAGGUGGAGUCCCGUCACGAACCAGGCCCCACCGCCGUCCGUGGCAACGGCGUCUUUCGACAUGACAGUGAAGCUGUGGGACGUGGAGAGCGGCAGGAACGUAUACACCCUGUGCCAGCACACGUCCCCGGUGUACUCCGUGGCUUUCAGCCCGGAUGGGCAGUACCUGGCGAGCGGGUCAUUCGACGAGAAGGUCUGCAUUUGGUCGGUGAGGGACGGCAGCCUGGUGCGGAGCUUCAGCGCAGAGGGAGGCGUCUUCGACCUUUGCUGGAACAAGUCCGGUGACAAAAUCGCUGCCAGCUGCAACAACGCGGACGUGUACAUCCUGGACUUCCGGCUGUAG